UACCGGCUGCGGCGGCGUCUGGUGUGCGGGGGUCGCGGGCGCGGUGCCCCGGUGAGCGGGCCCGGGGCGGGGAGCGAAGUGUUGCCGGGACCCGGGGCCGCUAGGCUGGAGCUGCGGCCGCCCACAGCCCAGGUCGGCUACGCCGGCCCGACCCACUCUUCGCCCCCGCGGCUGGCGGCGCGGUCCCCGUGACGCUCAGAAGCCGCCAGAUGUAGAGCCGCCUCUUUGUCCCAGUGCCCUGACCAGCCGUGCCUGGCACAGAGCCCAGCACCUGCGGGUACAGCGAUGAGCAGGGCAGACGUGGCCAGGUGACGUUCCCAUCACCCCACAUCCUCAACUCUGACAACAGCUUCUGAGACCUGAAUUACAGACCAUCAUUUUAAUCGGACAAACCACAACCGAAACAAGCUUCUCUUUGGUGUCACGAUGGCCGCCCAAGGCAGAGGAACUUCAGGCCUCAUCCCCAGGGGUGCUGUUCUCCAGAGGCAGGAGGGGCGCUUGACCGUGAAACAGGAGCCAGAGAGCCAGAGCUGGGGGCAGGGCUGCAGUCUCCAAAAGAAUCACCCUCCUGUCUGUGAAAUUUUCCGGCUGCACUUCAGGCAGUUAUGUUAUCACGAGAUGUCUGGGCCGCAGGAGGCGCUGAGCCGGCUCCGGGAGCUCUGCCACUGGUGGCUGAUGCCGGAGGUGCACACCAAGGAGCAGAUCCUGGAGCUGCUGGUCCUGGAGCAGUUCCUGAGCAUCCUGCCAGGGGAACUGCGGACCUGGGUGCAGCUGCAUCACCCUGAGAGUGGUGAGGAGGCUGUGGCUGUGGUGGAGGAUUUCCAGAGACAUGUUAGUGGACCAGGAGAGGUUUCAGCUCCGGCACAGGAACAGGAAAUGCAUUCAGAGGAGAUGACAGCCUUGGGUGCAACAGAGGAAUCUCCUCCAACCUCACUCCUCAGUGAGGGUUCGGCACCCGGAGCCCACCUGGAGCCUCCUGGUGACCCUGGAGCACACCACCGCCUCCCCAGUGGGCACUCUGCUCAGCAUGCUUCCCCAGUGCCUGCCCUUCCCCAAGUGGGGAACGUAGGAGACCAAGCAGCGGCAACUGUGCUCCGGAUGGUCAGGCCCCAGGAGGCUGCAGAGUUCGAGUUCCUGUCUGUGGACUAUACUCAGAAGAAGUGGAAAGGUCCGGCACUCAGCCAGAAAGCAGCCCUGUACCGGAACAUCAUGCCAGAAAAUUGCUGCAGCCUGGCUUCAUUGGCAGGUGAGAACAGGAUGGAGAGUUCAGAGUUGCCUCCAAAGCAGGAAAUUUCUGAAGAAUCGGAGUCAUCUGAUAGGACCUCAGGAAUACUCUAUGGAGUGAUUCCUGGAGGACCAGAAGCUGGAGAUGCCUGUGAAGAGGCUUUAGAGAAGCUAGAAGUUCAACCCUCAGGUGAACAAGGGAGCAGACUGAAGAGUGAUUUCUUGGAAAUAACACAGGAGGAUAAAAAUAAAUGCACAAAAGAUGAAUGUGAUGAAUAUAAGGAACUUGAGGAACAUCCAGAUCUGUCCUCAAGUCCUGCAGAACAUCAGGGAAUUAUGAAGGGACAGAAAUUCUAUCACUGUGAUGAAUGUGGCAAAGCUUUUAAUCGGAGUUCUCACCUCAUUGGGCAUCAGAGAAUCCACACUGGAGAGAAACCCUAUGAGUGCAAUGAGUGUGGCAAGACCUUCAGGCAGACCUGUCAGCUCAUAGUCCAUCUCAGAAUCCACACAGGGGAAAAGCCCUAUGAAUGCAGUGAUUGUGGAAAGACCUAUCGCCACAGCUCCCAUCUCAUUCAACACCAGAGACUCCAUAAUGGGGAGAAAUCAUAUAAAUGUAACGAAUGUGCAAAAGCUUUCACUCAGAGUUCCCAACUCAUUUACCACCAGAGAACCCAUACUGGGGAGAAACCCUAUGAAUGCAAUGAGUGUGGGGAGGCCUUCAUUCGGAGUAAAAGCCUUGUCCAUCAUCAGGUACUUCACAGUGGUGAGAAACCUUACAAGUGUAAUGAGUGUGGGAAAGCUUUCUGUUCCAACAGAAAUCUUAUUGACCAUCAGAGAAUCCACACUGGGGAGAAGCCUUAUGAGUGUAAUGAAUGUGGCAAGGCCUUCAGUCGAAGUAAAUGUCUUAUUCGACACCAGAGCCUCCACACUGGGGAAAAACCAUUCAAAUGCAGUGAGUGUGGGAAAGCCUUCAAUCAGAACUCUCAACUUGUUGACCAUGAGCGAAUUCAUACUGGAGAAAAACCUUUUGAAUGUAAUGAGUGUGGUAAGGCAUUCAGUCUGAGUAAAUGUCUCAUUCGACAUCAGAGACUUCACACUGGUGAAAAGCCCUAUAAAUGCAAAGAGUGUGGAAAAUCCUUCAAUCAAAACUCCCAUCUUAUUAUACACCAGAGAAUUCACACUGGUGAGAAACCUUAUGAAUGUAAUGAAUGUGGGAAGGUCUUCAGUUACAGCUCCAGUCUUAUGGUACAUCAGAGAACUCAUACUGGGGAGAAACCCUAUAAGUGCAAAGAUUGUGAGAAGGCUUUUAGUGACAGCUCACAGCUCAUUGUGCAUCAGAGAGUUCAUACUGGAGAGAAACCCUAUGAAUGUAUUGAGUGUGGGAAAGCCUUCAGUCAGCGUUCUACUUUCAAUCACCACCAGCGAACUCACACUGGAGAAAAGCACUCAGGUCUGGCUCGGUCUUAUGUGUGUACUGAGUGUGGGAAAGCCUUUAGUCAGAGUGCAAACCUCACAGUACAUGAACGAAUCCACACAGGAGAGAAACCCUAUAAGUGUAAGGAGUGUGGAAAAGCCUUCAGUCAUAGCUCCAACCUGGUUGUUCAUCGGAGGAUCCACACUGGACUGAAGCCUUACACAUGCAGCGAAUGUGGGAAAUCUUUCAGCGGUAAGUCACACCUCAUUCGGCACCAGGGAAUCCACAGUGGGGAGAAAACUUAUGAAUGUAAGGAGUGUGGGAAAGCCUUUAGUCGGAGUUCUGGUCUGAUUUCACAUCACAGAGUUCACACUGGCGAGAAGCCCUACACUUGUAUCGAGUGCGGGAAAGCCUUUAGCCGUAGUUCAAACCUUACUCAACAUCAGAGAAUGCACAAAGGAAAAAAAGUUUACAAAUGUAAGGAGUGUGGGAAAACAUGUGUUUCUAAUACAAAGAUUAUGGACCAUCAGAGAAUUCACACUGGGGAGAAGCCUUAUGAAUGUGAUGAGUGUGGGAAAGCUUUCAUCUUAAAGAAGACCCUUAAUGAACAUCAGCGACUUCAUCGUAGAGAGAAACCUUACAAAUGUAAUGAGUGUGGGAAAGCUUUUACUUCUAAUCGAAAUCUUAUUGAUCAUCAGAGAGUUCACACUGGAGAGAAACCCUAUAAAUGCAACGAGUGUGGAAAAACCUUCAGGCAGACUUCUCAAGUUAUUCUACAUUUAAGAACCCACACAAAGGAGAAACCCUAUAAAUGUAGUGAGUGUGGGAAAGCCUAUCGUUAUAGCUCACAGCUUAUUCAACACCAGAGAAAACAUAAUGAGGAGAAAGAAACGUCAUAAAUGACAUAUAUUGUUGGAAGUGGGGCUAACUGCUGCUUUCUGGAAAAGCAAUUUUUCAGUAUCAUCAACCUUAUUUCUCUAAGAAUUCAUACAGGGAAAGUAAUCAGAAGUAGACAAAGAUUAACAGAAGGGCUAUUCAUGCCAGCAUCAUAUAUAACUGGAGGAAGAAAACUAGAUUUUCAACCAUACAGGGUUUAAAUGAAUGAUGGUCUAGCCAUAUGAUGGUUUGGCACCCAUUGUAAACAUUUUUAAAGAAUAUUUAAUGCCAUGGGGGAAAUGAUUUCGAUGAAAUGGAAGAUAAAGAGAAAAACAAUGAAAUACGAUCCAAAUUUUUAAAAAACACUUAUGCAAAGGAAAGAAAUGGGAAUGAAAUAAUACCAAACCAAAAUGUUAACAGUGAUUAUCUCUGAAUAAUAGGAUUAUAGGUAAUUUCUAUUUUCUUCUCUAUACUUUUCUAUGCUUUUUAGAUUUUCUACAGUGAGAAUGUACUACUUUUAUAUUUUUCUACAGUGAGAAUGUACUACUUUUGUAUUUUUUAAAUACAACGAGUACAUGUUCAUUUUCACUCAACAGGGUUAUGAAAGGCACAUAGAACAUAGACCCUAAAGUCCUGGGAUUGCACCCUAAUACUGGCACUUAGUAGCAGGGGAACCCUGAGCACGUCACAUCCUUUUAGAGUCUGUUUCCUGUGUAUUACAUCAUAAAUACCAGUUGUUGGCUUUUGCAGUUUUGAGAUAAAUUGACUUUACAGUUGUCAACAGAAUAUAUAAUCCACUUUCUUAAUCACUGUUAGGUUAAAAGAAAACGGCAAAGCUUUGCUACAUUCUCCUCUCCCACAUUGUAGAAGGAUCCGCAGUUAAUAAAGAACCACCUAGGCUCCACCUUUUCAUAUAUGUCUACAGAAAAAAAUGGCCCCUUAUGAAAUUGGAACAAUAUCAGUUUCAAAGCCUUUAAAGAGACACAGCAUAAUUCAAACAAGGAGAAGACUCUGCCUUCACGUAUUACAUGGAGUUUCGUAGCUGAAAGUGCAGACUUUUGGGUCAGAGACAUGUGAGUUCUAAUUCCAGAUCUGCUGUGCCCUAGCUUGUCAGUUUUGGACAAGUCCCUCAAAUGCUCUGAGCCACAGAUUUAUCUGUAAAAUGGGAAUAACCACCUACCUCACAGGGUUGUUGUGAGGAUUAAAUGAGAUAAUGCAUGUAAAUGUCUGACAAGCCUUUCUUUUUGUCUAGCCCUCUGAGAAGGCCUUAAUCUGUUUACAACCAAUAUUUUAAACUUUUAAGACAGCUCAGAAUCCAUCUGGGAACCCUUAGAAUCUCCCCAUUCUUAACGCAGCCAUUCCUCUUUCUUUGUAUACAGUGAAUGCCCAAGCCUAACACCAUUUGUCUUAUGCACAUAGUGAUUUAUUGUUUCAGGGAUUACUGAGGAUUUGAUAUCCCAUCCAAUCCUCAUAACACUGGUACAAGAAAAUUGAGUCUCAGUGAGGUUAGGUGACUGGCUAGUAAGUGGUUGGAGCCAGAAUGUGAACUCAGAUCUGACUUUCAAGUCCAUGCUUUCUUUAUUAUACCAGAGUGCCUCUGUCCACCAUGAUGGUUCUAUGCGAGGGGGAGACCAGUUGGGAUCCUCCUGAGUAGCCACUUCUGUGAAAGGUGGUUGACUAUAUCUGGACAGUUAUUUGAUCAUGGUUUCAGAAGGAAGGUGCUGUCAGUCUUCUCUGAGUUAGAUUUAUGGCCUGUCUCUGCACCUUGUAAUUUAGUUUUAAGGAUUAUAUAUUUCUUCCUUGCUGUUACUAGAAAGAAGUGGAAGGUGUGAAGGGUAUAUUUGGGUGAAAAGGGAUUGUUUGGUUUCGUCCUAUUUUGAUAGGAUAAUGGCUUACAUAUUAUUUUGUGAUGUAAUAGUCCCUCUUUGCAUAGUUAUUCAAAGCAAGGUUUGGAGGCUCUGGAACAGAUCUGCUGCAUUCAGGGGGUAGGACUCUUGUAUCAUUGGUCACCCUUGGGUAGGCACUUCCCCAGGAGUCUGGGUGGACACGAGAGUAGGGUCACCCACAUGUGGCAGUGGCUAAACAGAACUGCAGCAGUAAGGGCACUUCCAUCAUUUUUCCCUUGUCAUGUGUCCUUUUAAAAUUCUACAAGGGGUUUGUAAUUAAUAUUCAUGCCUUUCAUCAUGCCAGCCAUCCUCACCUGCUGAUUACCUAUGUGGAAACUCCCAGGACUAAUGUCUCCUGGCCCUGCCAAAACUGCUUUAAGAAAAUAGGCAAACAGCUUCCUGUGUGCCUGUCAGGUGGUACUUUUUAAGCAUUUAUUAUUGCUGAGCAGAGUUGUUGAUGCUUCCUAUAUUGCUGAGCAAGUGUUGUUCUCUGACCAAAACAUUUUCUUACCACUGUGUCAUAGCGUCUGAAAUUUUUUCUUCAAAUAGGCUUUCUUUUUCAUCUUAAAAGACUUUGUGAUCUUCAAGAGUAAAUACCUUCUAGGAGGGAUGCCAGAGAUCAGAAUACGUUCACUUUUCUUGCCCAGGCAAGCUAAGAUAGCGGACCCUGGAGGAGGCCUUCACUAGCUUCUAGUCUGCAAGGCUGAUACCUGUCUUGAGCUGCAGGAGUAAAUGUUGACAGAUGGUCUCUGUACCUUUUCAUACAAGUAUUUUGCAAUAUAAUUUGAACUGACCAUCCACCUUCCUCUAGAAGUUUUUCAAGACUACCAGCUGCCUGCUUCCGCCAGAGUUUAAUUUUGCAGUUCCUUUCAAGCCCUUUCAUGAUACACUCUGGAAUUCAGGAUCUGUCUCUUUGAAUGUGUUUUUUACAACUUCCUGUUCUAAUGGAAGCCUGGUUGUUCCCUAACAGCAGUGCUUCCUCUGCAGUCCCUCAGUUGCUAGUUUUUUUCUCCCCCAACCCGUUUACCUCUUUGUACGGCCAUUUCUUCUCUAUUCCAUCAAAACCCCAGCUCUCUUGAAAUGUACAUCACUAAACUACUGUGUAUUGCCCAUCCCUGUUCUUGUCAUCUGCCAGCUUCCUGUGCACUCACAUUUAUUCACUUGAGUUUUUAGUACCCUGAAUAUUCCUGAGGAAUAUGAAGGGGCAAGUAUUUUUUAGUCACAGAUACCCUGGUUAUUGAGAAUUGCUUUGGUGUGGACUAGAAACAUAUAUGUCUCUUUUUAGUUGUGAGAAAAAGUGUGAAAUUAAAAUCUUAUGUAGCCUUGAUUAAAGAGAAAUAUGAAAGACAAAGAAUCAUGCAUAGAGAGGAAAGUGUCUCCCUAGACUUAGAGAUAUUUUUCAUUGAUGGCGUGUACUAAUGUUAGGUCUUAUUAGGAACUGAGAAGAAAAUUGAAACCAAAAAGAGCUUUAAAUAGCUGAGUAAUUCCAUUGAAUAUGAAUCCCAUAAGACUAUAUUUCAUUUCAGCUCUGUAUCCUGAGAGACAGACUUGCUUUUUAAUUUUUUCCCAUUCAAUAUAAAUAAAAUAGUAUGCUCAUAUUGUUAGAUUGUCUUUAGAAACUAGACUGUCUAUAGUCACCUCUGAUGUUA